ACAGUCCAAAGAACCCUUUAAGCGCUGCCUUUACUAAAGAACCCAUGAAGAACCGUCUUUUUAGGAGUGUAGUCGACAGUUUCCACUGGAAGCGUUGCUGUGAGGAACGGGUGCGGCGGCCAAUCAGAGAUCAGGCGAACCGUGACGUACAGGGACGUUCUGGGCCAAUCGUCUGGCUGAGUUUCGGCACGUGCCAGUUUUCGCGGCAAAAAAGAUUUGGCGCGUAAAAAGCUGGAGCCGAUCAGCUGAGACAAAAAAACAACAACAACGAAAACGGCAGCAGCAACAAAGGAGGUCAUUUCGGGGAGCGGAGGGCGACCGAGCGGCCAACCUGCGGGCAGAGAGCGGCUCUCAGAGGCACAACCGGAGGCUUUAUUUGGAGAUGAGCGGCGGGGUGGCAGGAUUAUUGUGCUGCUGAACAGAGAAGCUUCCUGAAUGAGUUUGUUUUGGUUUUUUUUUUCGGUCGCGGGCUGAAAGAGAAACUACGGGCCGCCAGCAGAUGAAACUUUUCUUCUUUCCUUCACUCAGGUGUUCGUUCGUUCUGCUCCUGGUCGCGCCUUCCGAAGGAAAGGUUUGGUGAAAAUGUGCAGAGGUUUGACUGAGUGUGAAACCUUUGGCCUGAGUGAGUCUCCUCUGUCAGUUAGCAGUGCAGCUAAGCUAGGCUGCCUGUAGCUGCAGUCAGGGCCUAAAGCUCAAAUAAGGCACAUCUGGGUUAGUAAUUUAUGCACUGGUUACUAAUAUAUUCAUAUUUUACCACUUUUAGGCUUCUGUAGCUCGUGUUUGGAGGAGUUUACCUUCAGCUGCGGGUCUUUCAGCUGUAGGUUACAAGUGCAGUUUUCAGGAUUGGGAUCCUGCUUUAACGUGCAUAACAGCAGAUGACACGCUUUUUGGCCGCUUAGCUAACUUUCCUGCUGUCCUCUCGCAGGAGUUUGUGUAGUUCUGUGGUUUGGGCUGUGAAAGCCGGGGCUCUCCGUGACCCAGUUAGGUUAGCCAGGUUAGCUAGCUCAGCUGGUCCGGUCACUUCAUAUGAAUGAAAGCUCCGUGUCGGGGGGUCAGUCUGCUCUGGGACCUCUCUCUGUUAAGUAUAUAACCGUGUCGAGGUCAUCUGCCCGUGUGAGAAUGGCCGAGGACAGUGUUCUCACUUCCUUCAGUGCGUUUUCACUCAGAGCAGCUCAGCGAAGCCUCGCCUGAGCCUGAAGUUUGACGGAGACACCCAGCGCUUAUGAACACACAGCCCCCCUUUAAUGCCAGCAUGUCAGAGACCUUCAUAUCGGGCCACACGUCCGAGGACCUGCUGGCCGACUUCGAGUCGCUGUUGAACAGCGGCAGCAUCGACCUGAGCGCCGAGCACCAGAUUGUGAUCAUCUCCACCCCCAGCAGUGUGGACCUCCACCCGGCCGCGUCACACCCCGCGGGCGGGGACAUCCUGCUGUUCGCCACUCCGAACACCACCCCGGCCCCCGUGCAGGAGACCCGCAGACCCGCGCUGGGACGACCACCGGUGAAAAGGAAGUUGGACUUAGACAGCGAUCACCAGUACCUGAGCAGUAACGGACCACCGUCACAAAUUCCAGCCCCCCCGGCCACACCCGCUCCCAGAGAGAAGUCUCGCUAUGACACGUCACUCAAUCUCACCACCAAGCGCUUUCUGGACCUGCUGGCCCAGUCUUCUGACGGGGUGGUGGACCUGAACUGGGCUUCGCAAGUUCUGGACGUCCAGAAACGUCGUAUCUAUGACAUCACUAACGUCCUGGAGGGCAUCCACCUGAUCUCCAAGAAGUCAAAGAACCACAUUCAGUGGCUUGGGAACCGAAUUGACGGCGCGUCCGUGGCGCGGUAUCAGGAGCUGCAGAGGGAAGUGUCUGAACUGUCCGAGGCUGAAGAUAAACUGGAUGAACUCAUCAGCAAGUGCAACCUGCAGCUCAGGCUGCUCACUGAGGACUCCAACAACAAGAAGCUGGGCUACGUGAGGUGUCAGGACCUGCGGAACACGGUGGACCCUCCAGAUCAAAUCGUCAUGGUGAUAAGAGCCCCUCCGGAGACGCAGAUGACCGUCUCAGAGCCCAGUCAGGGCUAUCAGAUCUCUCUGAAGAGCACCAACGGCCCCAUCGACGUCUUCCUGUGUCCAGAGGACAGCUCUGGGGUUUGUAGCCCUGUAACAGAUUGUAGUCCUGCCAAAUCAUCCAGUCACAGCCCUCCUCAGACUACCUCGACCGCACCGGAAGCAGCAUCAACUCCAUCGACUCUUCCAAGUGCCUCGCCGCUUCCUCUGGGUAACGAGUCAGAGUCGUUCCUGGACACGUUUUCUGGCAUUUGCGAGAUGCCUGAUUUCGAUCUCUCCGCGCUCGGCUCGUCGGACUUCCUGCUGGAGCGCCCUGUUUCCGGCGGCGCGGUUGGCGACGCUUUCGGCCUGCCGAUAGACAGCUUCAUCAGCUUAUCUCCGCCCCACAGCCCUGACUACCACUUCGGGCUAGAGGAGCACGAGGGCAUCAGCGAACUGUUUGACUGCGACUUCACUGACCUUGGCCCGCUGGAAUUCUGAGAGAAGGAGUGAGAAGGGCAGAGAGAGAGAGAGAGAUGGUGCAGAUGAACUGUGGUUUUGUCGUGCGCUGGAGUGCAAUGGGCUCUCUUUACUUUAGCACUUGCAUUGUUGCUGAUGCUUCAGGCGCUCUAUACCAUUAGGCCUGCACCAUAUAGAUGAGGUUCCGUAUUGCGAUUAUAUCGCAGUUAUGAUGGAACAUUUAGGCCUGAGCAAAAGGAUUUACACUUGUUUUAUCACAUGAAUACUUACCAUUCAUCAGUAUACACACAGUAAAUCAUAGGGUGGAAUGAUUUAUCCUUUUUAUAUCAAAAUCGCAAUUUGAAAGUGCAAUUUUCAAAAUUGCAAGAGCUGCAAUUAAAAAAUGACGUCUUACAUUAUUCAGAGUUGUCAGCAAGUUUUCAGUGGUUUGGCCUUAACAAUGGGAAAAUGAAUGCACUGGUCUUCUUGGGUAAAAAGGCUUGGAGCUUAACUUAAAAAUAAAAAUAGGCGCAUUUAAAUUGCCGUUGCAGGAUUAAUCAAAAACAUUGAAAUUAGAUAUUUUCCCUAAAAUGUCCAGCCCUAAUAACUUGCCUGGCACUGUAAUUGGUCAGGAUACUCACAUCACACAGUAACCAACGCUGCAGUUGGUUAGAGAGCUUAUCUGUGUACUGCAGCCUUCUGCACCGUCAAUAUUGCGAUUGCUUUUAACAGGUUCUAUAUCAUGCAGCCUUGUUUACAAACCACGCACAAUGCCUCUCUCUCAGUGAAGUAAAACAAGUGUGGUGGCUUUAACGCACUUGCUGCAUCAUGUUAAAAGGGCUACAGCUCAGCGCUGCCUUAGACACAUUUUACCAGCACUUGGGUCGUCUUAAAGCUCCGGUUUCUUUAGAAGCUUUAGAUGGCCGCUUAAUUUAUUUAUAGAAUCCUAUAAUCUCUUUUUUUCUCUCUUUUUAAAUUGUUUGUUUGAAUUUUAACGUGUAAAGUUGAGGGUUUUUGUGCUACGUUGUAUAUUUGAAUCGUAACUGACGAGGUCUGGUGGGACGAGGUCGCGCGCUCAGGAGAAUAGAGAAUACAGAGUAGACCAGUUGAACGUUCAGGAAUUCAGGAAGGUUGUUUGUGUUUAGAUCUGCGUUCGUAUAUGUACAGCAUGUCUGUAGGGUGCCUUGGUUGGCUGGCAAGUUUAGCGGAUGUUUUUCAAUGGUCACAGUCACAUUUGUCCAUGUCCAGUGUUCACUGAGGGAAUGUGUGGUUGUUUUUUCUUUUUUUCUUUUGUUUUUUCUUUUUUUUCUUUACCUUUUUUUUUUGUUUAAGUUUUAAACAUCAAUCUUUCAGGCUAUAAAAUCUCAUUCUCUACGUCUGAUUUCCGAAUUGCCGUCAUAAUUAUGGUUCUGUCUUGGUUUUUAGAAAUGACAGACAUGUUGGUUCUGGGUUUUGUGGUUUUUGGUUUGUCUGCGUUUUUCGUUUUACUGCCAACGUGCUGUCAAAGUUAGCGGUCUACUAAUAUAUUGCACCAUACAAAACUGAUGUGGGUGGUCAUAACCCCCCCCCACUUUAAUCUCUUACAAAUACAGUUUUGAAUUAUAAUUCAAAACUUUGUUUGUUUUGUACAGUCUUGGAAAAAAAAAUAUUUUAUUAUUGCUUUAUAUUUAUUGGAUUGUUUUUGUUUGUUUUUGGGUACCGCAGUUGUUUAGACAGUGUAGUACUUUUUUCAGAACAGAAAUGUUAUUUUUCCUAGUUUCUUUUCACAAGCUGAAUAGAUUAAACUAUAAUUAUAUGUGCUAGAUCUUAUAUAUCUCCUCUACGCGAACUAAUCGUACCUCCAGCUUCUCUGAAGGCUGCAUGUCGUUGUAGAAAGCUACUAUUCUUCUGGUUUAUAUACACAAAUGGAUUUUAGGUUUCCAAUAACCAGCAACUCCUGUUGUUUCAUGCUUUCAGUGAACAGAUCAAGGGUCAUUUUUACAAAAUCAAACAUUUUCAGCGUCCAGUUCCAAAACAAAACACUGGCUUUAAAAAGGAAAAUACACUUGUAACCAGUUUUAAUGUUUCACGGCUGGUUUCACAGACGUGGAUUAAGCACCGUCUUGGACUAAACUGCAUUGCAAAUGGGGAAUCGCCAUUGAAAGUUCUAGGAUUAGGCUUAACCUGGGUCUGUGAGGCUAGCCCUUAGUCUCCAGCUCUUGUAGUCUCGUAUAGUAUGUUGUGCAGUAGAGAUUCUGAGCUAUGUUAGAAUUUGUGAUAAGCUAUUUACUUUGUACAUGAGUUUGAAGCGACCGUAUGCGAGGGUCCCACCUGUAUGUAAAUUAGUCUGGGCUCUGAAUCCCUGAAUUGUUCUUUUGGAAGGCAGCUUAUGAACAGUUGUGUGCAAAAGUUUGGGCGCCCCUGGUCAAACGACAUGCUUUGUUGAGGUGAAAAUAAGUGAACACACCUAAAAAUGACACGUUUCUGCAAAUUGUAGUGCAUAGUGUCUGUUUGCUUUAGCAUAUCGGUCACGUUUUACCUUUUAUUUUUUCACAAUAUGUUCAAUCAGCAGACAAACAGUUAAGUUGUGUAUGAAAAUGUGCAGACGUGUGUUCUCCGUGGAGAACGUGUUCACUUAGAUUCAGAAAACCAGCAAAACAUACAACAGUAAUUUGGCCGGAGGCGCCCAAACUUUUGCUUACAACUGUAUGGAUUUGUGUGCGUGUGCUUGAGUGAGUGACUGUGUUGGAUUAAUAUAGCUGUACUAUAGACAUGGACAAUGUUAAAUUUGCAAAUUUGCUAAGUGGAAAAAAUUGGGGUUUGUAUGUGUGAAGCUGUAUGGAAUUUUUUUUUCUUUUUUUUUUUUUUUUUUUUGGAGGUUUUGCUGGUUAAACGGAUCUGAUCUGUUGGGGAAUUUUACCGUGUUGGGCUGGAUGAAAGGGGCUGAAUUUUCAAAAUUUCUGUGUGAAUUCAGUUGUUACAUCAUUCAGAGUGGUUUGAUGAGAAAUGGUUCAUUGUAGAGAAACUUACUGACUCAGAUUUCUUCACAGUGGUGCUGAUAGGAACCAGGGGAUGCAAUGCCUACAACACAAAGAUAGCCAUUUUAUUUACCAUCCAAAAUGACCAGUGAACCUACACACGUCUUCUGAGUUUUAUAUAUCGUCAUUGUUGAAACAAAACAGUGUUAUCUUUAAUAUCUUUAAUAUCUAGAUAUCUAGAUUUAAUAUCUAAGUAAUUUUCGAACUUUUAGAUCCAUUUAUCGUGACAUUUUAACACAAUGCAAAGGGUAACUGGGGGUUUCCAAUUAGGAAAAGAAGAAAAAUGCAAGAUAAAAAUUGAAAAAUAAAAAUAAUUUAUUAAUUUAUACUUUAUUAUUAGUUUUUGUGCAACAACGUUAUAGUGGAAAAUUUUAAAAAAUAUGGGUUUUUUAUGGAACUAAUUUUUUCUUUCAAUGCCCUGCGUGUGCUUCAGCUAUGAAUUGCUUAAAAAAUACAUUUUACUCCAAAAAUCUAUCUCAGAAUUAUCAUAAAUAAUGUCUCAGACGUCAGGCAGUGCAUUCAUAACCAUUUCAAGUUAUAACUUUCUGUGAGGGAAGUUUUAGAGGCAUUAAACACUUCAGAUGUUUGGUUCCUUUCACCACCACUGUGAACAGUUCUGACUCAGUAAGUUGCUCUAGAACAGAACAUUUCACACCAAACCACUCCGAAUAACUUUAUUUACAUUAUAUUUACAUUACAACCAUUUUAUUAUGCAGAGAUUUUGUGAAAUCAGUGGAGUCCCCCUUUACGUUUCGGGAUUAUUCCGUCUUCUCAUUGGUUGAUUUCAGUUUGCUGCAUGUGUUGUUGAAUGAAUGUUCAUUGAUCAUGAAAUUACAGCCUUAAAUCUAAUGUUUCACUCAGAACUCAAUAAUAAUAGGCUAGAGGUUUGAAUCAAUAUUCAGCAUUCACAUUAAUGAUCUGCUGACCUGUGUUGUGGCUAAACCAAAUGCCUUUUUUCUAUACAAAUUACAGCUUGGAGAAACCCAAGCAUCAAUCAUUUGUAUCAUUUUUUUUCACUGCCUGUCAGAAAACAAGUCAUAGAUAAUGUUUCUGUUUUAAAACAAUACAAAUAAAUCAGUUGUCUCCCCCCA